CGCCGUUGCUUAUAUUUUAAUUUUCCCCCGACGUUUCGAAGACUUUGCCGCCUUCAUGGUCACGUGGCAGACUCAGUAUAGCAGUAUAUUUCUAAUUAAUGUAAUUUUGUAAUUAAUAAUCCAUCAUAUCUUUAACACAUACUCAAGUUAUUUUGUUUAUAAAAUUUUUGUCUUAUACUUUAUUUUAAAAGCUAUUUUGCGAAAAAAUAUUUUAACCAAGAUACACUAUUCGAAAACAAUUGGUACCGGGAAAAAUGUGUUAUUAAUCGAUCAAAUUAAUAGUUUGAUGUCUGAUUAGUCGAUUUUAAUAUCGACUGUGUUGUGUGUUGACUGGUUCAUAAUUUUCUUAAUAAUUUAUUACAAAAUAUAAAACAUACCAAUUCGACAAACGCUAGAUUGAUUAUCCUGUGUUUCUUUCGCACCGCCACAAUUUUCGCGAAAAUAUAAACGCGUACAGCCACACAAAGCUAUCCGGCAUUACCACACAAAAUGUUUUUUUAGUAGUGUGUUUUUUUAUUUUGGAAAAUGUGAGUGUUUGCAUGUGCGUAUAUCCAUGUGAGUUGGUCGAGUCAAGACAGUUUUGGGCACAUUCAGGAUUCUUUUAUUUUCAGACGGGCAAGCCGACAUGACGUCACAACAACGCGACCUACUGCGCGCUUUGAAAUAUUUCGCAACCACCCUACAGUCCAUAGAGAAGAUUCAGUCGGAGAGUGACGUAAAUAACAUACUCAAAUGUCUUCAGAAAGCCAAAGAUCAUCUCCCCGGCCCGCUGACUGUGCAAAAACUGUCAAAAUUUGAUGAUUACGUCAUGAACGCGGAAAUCAUCGAAGCGUAUUCUCGACUGCUGACAGUUAUCAUUAGAGACCUGUUGCCACAGUGGCCAGUGUUCAAAGACAAAAUUGUCAGCCUGUUUACCAUCGAGGACUGUUUUGCUGUUAGCUACGAAACAGUUAGCAUUUUGUGCGGAUACCUGAAGAAUGAGACAAAUCAAUCCGUCCAAGAGGCUUUGUCGUAUUUCUUACUGAAAUAUAUUAAAAGUGACGCAGUAAUAGCAGCCGCCAUCGACUGCAGUAGCAACUUGGAUAUAGAAGAAUACGACAAAUAUCAGCUGCAACACGAAUGGGAGAAUUACGUGCAGAUGCUGGUCACACUGCCCGAGAGGGUUGCCAAUAAAUUGCAGACCGACACCCCCAAAGAUUUCUCUAGAAGUUUCUAUUCGACUUUUUUGAUUUUUCACAUCGUAAGAUGCCUUGAUUUUAUGUCUGAAUGUAAUUUAAAUUUGGGUUCACAGUAUGACAUGUACUACUUAUCCUACUUCCUCUCGAAGGUUAUCACGAAUUACAAUAUAAAUGGCAACUGCGAAGCUGUGUAUGACUUCACCGACGUCCUGAUAUCUUGGGUGAGCGAUACGAAUGUAGAAAAAACUAGAUUUGUUAAAAGGAAACUAAUUCAGACCUUGAUGAAACACAUGAGCCGGCCGGCCAUAGAGAACUUUGCCUAUGUCUUACUAGCGAAGUGUCCUAUAGACUACAAAAAAGAUCAACAGAUUAUCCUACAUAUACUGGGCGAUAAUUUUGACACGAACAAUGAUUGGAAAGAGAUUCUCAUACAUAAAAUACCGUUUUAUUUCAUGCCUAGAGACUAUAAAAAUACGUCGAUACCAGAAAAUUUCUUAUACUAUUUAUCGACAACGAGAAAUAGUGUCGAUGUUUUCACAGAUCUAUUUGAUAGAUUGAGCCGAGCAUGGGCGGACGUGAAACUUAACAACACCUCUAAUGUCGACCAACACAUGUAUCUCUCGGAGUUGUUAGUGCUGUCCGUAAAAUAUCGUACGCUAAUGACGUUACAGAAGAAAAUCGGAUGGAAUUUUAUGGAGAGUAAGUCGAUAUUAUUUAAAGGAAUGGGAAAGCAUUUGGACGUCUGGUCGCAAGAGUACAGAUGUGUGGGCAUGGCGACUAUAGAGGUCAUUCUGAAAACGCUCGCUGAUAUCGAUAGGAGCGAUAGAGAAGCGUCCCAAAGCCUUAACUUUAAAUAUGCAGAAAUGGGUGAAAGUUGCGUUGAAAUACAUAGAGUUUUAAAGGAAUUGACAAACAGAUGUCUCAUAGACAAGAAAAGACAAAUACCGCACGGUACCACAAAGAUAUUGGGUGUGAAGCGUGCGUUAGAUUCCAUAGCGAUGAAAAUUAUCGACAGAGAAGACAUGCCUUCUACCACCAAUACAAUAGUUACUUGCGCAGUCAAAGGACCUGAACAGACUAAAGAAAUAGUCAAAGCUAUUAUAUCUGUCAAAUUGGAUGCCCUAGAAAAAGAGGGGAAACAGGUAGUGGAAGACCUAGACUCGGACGACGAUCUAGAACCCUACGACAUGUCCAACGAUGUGUCAGCGAAUGCUAAAUUCAGACCUACAUUCCUACGGGAACUGUUGGAUAAUUUAGUCGAAGCGGAAAACAUUGAUACGUUCGAGGCGUGUCUCUCUGUUGCAGAGGAGAUGGUCACAAAACAAAUGAAGGCAGAGAGCCCAAGACUCGCCACGCAAUUACUGGACAUUUUCAUACAUUUAGAACCGAAAUUCCACGUAGACGACUUCGAGAGGAUCAAAUUUAAUACAUGCGUGGCGAUAGUGUACGCUAAACCCGCACCGUGUGCCGAACAUUUGUGCAAGGAGUUUCAUACCGACGUGGGAAGGUACUCCAUAGCCACGAAAAUAUAUAUGCUGGACAUACUAUCGGCAGCUGUCAACAAAAUAUCGAACAUCAUGCCCGAAGAAGUUGUCAGCAAAGCGACAAGCGAAAUAAUCAGUACGCAGAAUGAUGAAGAAAAAUUACCGCCAGAAGAAAUAAUUCGACGGCGGUUGAUAAAUAAAACUAAAUAUUAUCAUUCAAAAAGGCCGCACCCCUUCGCUAAGGCGAAAAUUAACGAAUUCUCAAAGGUCGCUGAUAGCUUUUUUUACCCCCUAAUAGGCGGGUUGGGGUACAAACAGCUCACGCUAAGCCAUCACAAUAUGAAGCAAGAUAUCGACAACAUACUCCUGUUUAAAUACUUAGCUGUAGUCGGUAACGUUAUUUUAGCCUCGAAAAAUUGUCCGAAAUGUUCGAAAUACUGUUGGGAGAUACUGCAAAUGCUGCUCUAUCUUCGGUACACACCAGACCCAAAGCUUAAAUCUUGCGUCAUAUCCCUACUCGCGUCGGUAAUUUUGGCAUUACCACCGUACAUACUGAAAACGGAAUUUUUCGACACGCUAAUGGAGUUUCGGUCGUGGUUAGUCGAUUGUUUAUCGAAUUUCGAUUUGACGAUGCAGACGAGCGGUGCUAAGUCAGAGUUAGCUGUAUUCGCGGGACAAGUUUUAGGACUGAUUGAGAAGUCGUUGUCUGAUUUUGACUGAGAUUGGGUUAAAUAGCGUGAUAUGGGUUCGCAGUGUUGACACGGGGUAUCUGUAUGAAGUAUUCGUUCGGUGUCGUAUUUGAUGAUAUCGAUACUCAAAAAGUAUCGAUCAAAUAUCAAUAUCACUUAAAAAAAAAAAUUUUGUUGCCUUAGUAGGCAAACGAGCGAGCAGGCCGCCUGAUGGUCAGCAGUAUCCGCCGCCAUGGACUAAAGCAAUGCAAAAAAUAUUAUUACCCCAUAUUAACGUUUAGUAUCGAUACCUUGCUACUCGAAACCCUAACAUACCGAGUAUCAUUCAAACUCUAGGUGUGACGUCACAUCUACUACGAUGUAGCAUUUACACGCUACAUAAGCUAUUUUGUUUAAAGUUCCUUUUCUUUUUCACAAACUGUGAUAUUAAGUGGCUAAUAUCGAGUACGGAAUUCGAAGGCAAUUGUGUGCCAACCCAUGUAUCUAUUCGCAUGGUGGUCUCAAUCUUAGAAGGCUGAGGCAACUUGAAUGAACUGGCUGUAAUUGAAAAUAGAAGUCUCCGUCUCGUUGGAUUAUCAAUAGAUAAUAAUUAUGCUGAGAAUACUGGAUAAAAAAGAUGUUCGCAGGACCCAAAAAAAAUACAAAUUUUAAAUGUAGUAUACUCCACUAUAACUCACUGUGACGCCCGUAGAAAUUGCAUUUCUUCACUGUAUUAGCAAUUAAGAUAUCAAAAUAUCGAUUUUAACAAUCUGUGAUUGAUCUUUGCUUUUAAUAACUGCCAAAUUUGACAUAGCACCUAUAGUAUUUACCCUUAUCAAUGUGGCAAUACAUCACAAGUUAGGCUUUAUGUGGUCGUAUUCCAACGUGAUAAAGUUGUAUUUAGCACAAAAUUUUAAUACAAUAUGUAGUUAUAAUUUUGACUGAUUGGAAGAGGAGUUUUCUAAAUUCCAAUGUGAACGUAUUGAUCUAGGCUUUGGGACAAUUAUCAAUUGGGUGUAGAAACUAACACCUAAACCAGGGUAAUAAUAAAACCCCGUUUUAAGAAAAACAAGUGACUUGCUAGGAUUAGAAUAUGAAUAAUAGCCCCCGACAUCUCAUGAUAAAGAAAUAAGUUGCAUGAGUCUAUCCCUCUUGGUAAACAAGCAUGAGCUGGCGUGUGAGAGAAUAAGAUGAGGUUGUAUUUGCGUUAACUGCAGGCUCAAGGUCAAUACAAAAAAAAACAAAAUUAAACUAACCUGCUUAAAGCGGUGCGUGGUUUUUUCAACCUUAUAUGAAGGGCUAUAAUGUUAAGUUUCCGUUAUAUUGUAAUGCUCUCUAACGUUUCUCUGCGCUGAUCCUUGGAUACCUCUUGUCUUGUCUUAUGCUGGUAGUAGGAUAUUUGUAUCCGCUCAGAUCGCGAGCACCGCACACAAGGUAAAAUCUACCAUAGUUGCCCACGAAAUGAAUCGCGUUUUGGGGACCCUUGUGUAGAUUUAGUUUCAAACAUGCCGGCAUAAUUAUGUCAACUGGUGAUGGGUAAUCUCUUCAGUCGAGACUAUCUAGCUCCACUCUCCUUACCAUUAGGUGCAUUGGAGUCACUUUGAUGAGGUCAUAUAAAGACUCAAGACUUUCUGGCUCUUGCUCCACUUAUAAUCAGAUGUAGUAGGCUUAUCUACCGUGCCCGCAUGAAAACACCUAAUGGAGGGGGCCACACUGUGCAUACAAUGACCAGGUGCUGUGCUAGGUUAUAUUAUAAAAAUGGAUUUAUCACAGCUUUGCGCUCUAUAGGUACUAACUACACGUAGCUUUAACCUCGAAUAUAUAUAAAUAAAGAACUAUUAUUUCUUUGUGAAUUAGGAUAUUUUGGUGUAAUUGAGUAUAGUCUAUGAACACAUUUUAUAAUAAAAAAAAACCUUUACUUUGUUGGGAAAGUAUGAAAACAAGCGUUCCCAGGUUCAAACUAAAAAUAAAUACUCUCUAAGCUUUUAAUAACCGAGAAAAUAGAGAAAAGGCAAUACCAUUAGUUAUAAUGGUAUACAAUCUCACUGCAUUGGCCUUAAAGGAAUGACGAAUUCUACAAACUAUACUUCUACGUAACAAACACUAGCUGUGCUAAGAUUGUGCAUUUAAGAGAUAUCUGUGCUAUUUUUGUGUAUAUUUGACAUUGUAAGUAGAUGUAAAGGGACAUCACUGGAGUACUUGUCGACUCUGGAAACUAAAUAAGUAUGUUUUUUUUUUUUGUUAUAUGACAAUCAAGAAAAAAUCUAAAGUGUUCUGUUUAUUAUUUUUCGUGUAAGUUUAUCAGAUAUUUAGUAAGAUUUUUGAAUAUAUAUGCGUCCCGUGAUGUCCCUUAAGUGAUUAGCUAUAAAACUGUGUAUGUAUAAAUAUGUAUUCACCCACCGUCUCAAAUAAAGCGUAUUCAGCAA